AUGGAAAACGGAAAUGUCCCACCGCCGUAUCUCCCCGGUCAACCUGGGAGAGGGCUUCACUCCCACCUGGCCAUCCCAGGGUCUAACGACCAUGCUGCAAUGAUGAAUCAGUUUCAGGGAAUGACCUUGGGCGGCAUGAACAUGGGAAGCGCCCCAGCUCCCCUUCACAUGGGGGCUUCGUACAUGCUUGGCCCUGAAGGUCAAUUCGUUCUCGCGCCUAUGCCGGGGUCGCAGUCCAUGGGGUUGGGUCAUUCCAACGACAAUGGCUACAACGCUUUUUCUCUCAAUGGCGCCUAUGGUAAUCCUUACGUCGGUGUGCCCGUUCCACUCAUGCCUUUUACUCCCGGCCGUCCCACCACUACCCAUCAUCGUGUCGACCGUGGACAUUCGGAUGUCCCUGGCCUAGAGAAUCGUCGCGGGUCUUACUCAACUACAGAGUCUACCCCGGCCACCCCCUUCUACACUGGUAUCUCGCACCGCGAGAAUGGCCCUCGUGUUGCGAGUCUUGAUCGGUCGACUUACACCACCCCCUCUCCCCAGCAGAUGGGACUGUCGGCUCUGCACGUGGACGCUCCUGCCAAGGCAGCUCCGCCAACAGUCUCUGAUCACGCUCUCGAUGAGCUGUUGAAGAAGAACCCGGCUGUGCCCAAGGCCGUGCCCGCAGUCUUCACGCCACCUGGUCAGAUGAAGAGCUUGGAGCAGAGUCUGGAGAAUCGCAUCCCUGGUAACCGAAAUGUCUACAUUCGUGGCCUGCACCCCACAACCGAUGAUGAGCUGCUCUAUCAGUUUGCAACCCGUUUUGGUCCAGUUGAGACGUCCAAGGCGAUCAUCGACACUGGCACUGGUGCCUGCAAAGGUUUUGGCUUCGCCAAAUUCUACGACGUGGCUGAUUCGGAGAUAUGCAUUCGCGGAUUUUACCGCCUAGGUUAUGAAGUCGGCUUUGCCAGGGAGUCCUUCAACUCUCGUCUCAAAGCGGAGGGAGAUGAAUUGUCUACUAAUCUUUAUAUCUCGAAUUUGCCCAAGACCUUGACCGAAGUAGAGCUUGGUACAAUUUUUUUGGGAUACACUAUCUUGUCCAGCAAGAUCCUCCGAGACAGUAUGGGAAACAGCCGCGGCGUUGGGUUUGCUCGCUUUGAAAACCGCGAUGUUUGCGACGACAUCAUCCGGAAGUUCAAUGGUGUGGGUAUUGGCGAGGAGGGCCUUCUCAUGAACAUCCGAUAUGCAGACACUCCUGCCCAGAAGGAGCUCAAGCGUGUCACUGCAGAGCGUCGACAGUUCCGCACCAACGAGUACAACAUCGGUGCCUACGGCACUCCUCUCGUUGGGAUGAACCCAACCCUGUAUGGCUCUCAGCCUCAGCAGUGGCGGCGCCCGAUCCAACACUCGGAGGCAAUGCAACCAGACCCUCUGGGUCCCACUAUGGUUCACUGCAGUACGAUGGUUUGUCGCGUCGCUAUCGGGGCCUUUUCUAACCGCUUGACCAGGACGGCCACGAGUUCGAGCGCGGACGAGGCGAUUGCUACACCUGCGUCCUCCGAAUGUGACGAAAGCGUCACCAUUCAUGCGGAUACGAUUGUUGUCAGCGCUUCUCUCGACUCGUCUCCGUCCGUCAAGAAGGAGGCUUCCGUCAAGAAGGAGACUCAGUAACUUGGCCAUCCCGACUAGUAUGGAGUAAUUUUGCGCAAUUCACGUCACUCAUCGUACCCAUUCUUUCCUUGUUUUUAAUCACGGUCUCUUGGCACUGUCGUUUUACCCCACGGAGGCAUCGUUACGCAAUCGGAAACAUGUUACAGCCUGAGGUAGCUGGUACACUUGAUGACUUGUGCUGUGGUCUAUUUUAUGAACUCUUGUACUUUAGAUUCUAAGGAGGACAGUGGUGUCAUUAAAAAGUCUGAAAUGUCGGCGUUUGGCCUGAACAGAAUAAUCAACUAUUGUCCCUGACUACAGGCCCGUCUGUCUUGACCACCCUUACCAAUGAACCCAUGCAAACAGACCGCGGCGAUUGGAAGUGGCUCUUCGAUAGCUUUAAUCACAC